AUGGAUAAAGAUAUUCUCACACAGAACUCUUAAAUUUCGGGCUAGCUGGCUUUACUUGAAACACAACUGAACACUUCUGCUAUAAACAAUAACUAAUAAGUUGAUGUUGAACUUCUUCCCAGAGAUUAUCAAUGGAUUUUGGAGAAAUAUAGAGAAUCUGACUACUCUUAGACUGAAAAACUAACAAAAUAAAUUGAAUUAAAGCUUAAACAUGGUAUUGAAGGUCUGGAGAUCAUAUAACACAUCAUUAUUCCAUAACGAAAUAUCCUAUUAAUUGAAUACAAGUACGAAAAGAUUCAAUAUGGAUAAAACCUUGAUUUUAUUGACCUUAAUAACCAGCAACUAUUAAAGACUAUUAAAAUAAGAGCAGAUGGAAAAAUCUACUAUCAGCAUUACAAUGGCAUAGACUACAUAUUCCAUCGAGAUUAUGAUUCUCUUAAUCUCUCAAGGUUUGAUGAUUAUUACUAAGAAUAAAGAAAAUUUGACAUCAAGUUCAUUAUGGAUUCAAAAGAUGACUUAAACUAUAUUAGACAUCUUAAAAUCCUUGAUGAGUUUAACAUAUGGAUGGACAUUGGUAUUUACAACUAUGUGAUAAAAUUUGACAAGUAACCAUUAAACACCUUGAAACAAAAUGCUCAAUUAAAGAUUCAUAUUCCUGAAUUAGAGCGUGACUAUGAUGAUGAUGAUGAAGAUGAGGAUGAAGAUGAAGAUGAGGAUGACUACGGAGAGGAAGAUGAAUCAAACUCUGAUGAGGGAGAAAAAAAAUAAAAAUAAAAAGAAAUAAAAUAGGAUAAAAAAUCUGAGUUGCCUUCAAACUAAUUGUUUAUUAAACAUCCAAAUUCAAGUGUAUAUCAAGUUGAAACUGACAAAGAUUUUAGUCAUAGAUUUAUUGAAUCAUAACUUAAAAAUCAUAUUGUAUUUUAAGCUAAUUCUGGAACUCUCCUUCUUGAUAAAAAAACACUAGAAAUUGCUAAAAAACUUGAUAAGUCUUAUUAUGUUAUCAAGUAUAUGGAUUUAUUUGAGUAUCUUUUAGAUGAAGAUUUUAACAUAUACAAGUUUGAAAACAUUGAUCAAAGUUCACCAUAGAAAGUUCAUAAACUUUCAGAUUAAAAAAUUGAUUAAUUACACAAGAUAGUGGCUACCUCAAACAAAUUCAUAAUCUUUUUCAAAAAUAAAUCUGAAGCCUUCUGCGUUUUAGUAUUUGAUGCUAGAACAUUCUAAUUGAUUGAUGAAUUUAAAAACUUAAUUGGAAUGAAGGAUGGGGAUUCACUUUAAAUUGAUACACUCUACAAUAGACUUUACUAUAGAGAUAAGAAUGCUUUGAAUUUUAUAAGGUAAGUCAACUUCAGCAACAACUAUUUUUAGCAUAAUGAAUUAACUCCAGUCUUGUAUUAAGGUAAAUAAGUUGAUCUCAAUGAAUACAAAAGUAUCAAGAACAGAUACUUAUUGAUUAAGCUGAGAAAAUAAUAAAAAGUUUUGAUUUAAGACUUAGAAACAGGAAUUUAAAAAGAAAUGCCAAAGAAAUACAAAGAAUAACUAAUCUCACAUCUUGAAAAUAAUGAGAAAGCAUUUAAUGAUGAAAAGUUCGAAUAGAUUGUAAAAUAAGAGUAUGAGAGAAAAUUCAAAGAAGUCAAAGAGCUAAAAUAAGGCGAUAUUAUCGUAGGAAAUGAUGAAUAUUAUGUUCAUCUAAAUGAUAAUCGUAAAAUAAGAUGGCCCAAUUAUACUUUGAAAUUUGGCGUUAAUUUAGCAGACAAUAAAGGUAAAUUUUGCGUCAUGCUAAAUAAAUUCAAUGAGAAAUAAUAUGUGUUGAACAUAAUAUCAGAUAAAGAAGUUAGCUAUUAUGACAUGAAUACUUUAACAUUUGAAAAACUUGACUUGUUGGAUCUGAAGCUCAAGUAAGAUUUUAAGGCUUAAUAAGCAUAUCUUGAUGAUGAACGUGAAAUUAUAGCUAUAUAGGGAUUUUAUAGCAAUCUAAUUGUUUAUAGUCUUCAAACUAAAAAGAGAAUUAACGAGAUAUCCUAUAAGUUAUAUGAUUAAUCAACAUUUAUCAGAAGCAACUAUAUUUAAAUAGACUCUAAAUAUGCAUCAAAUAUUUACUUUUUCAACAACAAAAUACUAGACAAAAUUAUUACCAUUAAAUUACCAAAGGGAUUAGAAAUGAGGGAUUGCUAUUAACAAGAAAUAAACAAAAAAGGGUAUAAAUUAAUCUAAAAACUAGAUGUUUACUAAGAUUCGGAGAUAUAUACUAUGAUUUCAAAUCCUUUUGAGUAAAUUUUCAAUGAUUAAUUUUUAAAUCAACCAAUCUUCCCUGCAUUUUAUUUUGAUUAUGCUUAGAAAAUUGAGAUUGACGAAAGUACGAUUUAAGUUUUUGUCAAAGGUGAAUAAUAGAUGGUUGGAUAUUUUGAUGUUGAAGUUACAAAUUAAUUAAUUACAGAAUACUAAUAAACUUUUGCUAUGAGUAAUUAAUAAAUAGUUAAGGAUAUACAAAAUAAUGUAGAUAGAUAUCUUAAAUUUAUUGCAGGCUAUGGUACAGGUUUUGGUCUUUUCUAAAAUAAUUUAAUUGCUCUUGAGGCAUUAGUAAAAUAGCUAUCAUUCAAAGAAAAACAAUAAGUACCUAUUUUAAUUUGCUAGAAGUUACUAGGAAAUGAAUCACCUCUAGAUUUUUCAAUCAAAGCUCAUCAACAAAAAAUUAUUAACCUGAUGCUUUCAAUAUUAAUCAAAUAUUAAGAUCAUAUAAUAUUUAACAAACUGAUAGACAAGAACUUAUGUGAGUUAAUUAAGCAAUAAAUAGACUUAUAGGAAUACUUUGAUAGUAAUUUACCCAAGUAUUAAAUUCUAGAUCAGUCAUUUCCAAAUUAGCAUUAUUACGAAGAAGAAAUGAUUGUUGGUACAAUUUUAACAAAUCCAAAAGAGAUUCAUGAAAAGUACGAUGAGUUAUUAGGCUAAAAAAUAUCUUAGAUAAAAGAAGAAGAUGAAUCUAUGGUUUCAAUAGAGUAUCAAUUGAUCAACUUACCGGUAACAUUAAGAUAAAAUCGCACUGAUUUGAUUUAAGUCUUGAGUGAAACAGAUAAACCAGAAUACUUCGAAAAUGAAAUAAUAUAGAGCAUAAUAAAAUUCAAAUGGAAUACCUACACAAAAUCAUUUUAUCAGAAGAAAUUCUAUAUCUACUUGAUUUUCAUGACUUCAUUUAUCUUUGAUAUCUUCUAUUCUACCUAUGCUUCAAAAAAUUCAUAGGAGAAAACUGAUCAAUCGAUAAAAGUAACAGAUUCUGAAGUUAUACAACCAAAUAUAUGGCUAAAGAUUUUAACAAAAGCAAUAUGUUGUGCAGUUCUCACAUUUUUCUUAAUCUAUGAGAUAAAAUAAAUAAUAAUUUAGAAAAUCAGUUACUUCAGUGAUGGAUGGAAUUAUUUUGAUUUUUCACUUAUCUUAUCUUAUGUUACUUUUUGCAUUCUUGAUUUUACAAAUUAAGACCAAGAUAACUUAAUCUUGAUAAAAAUUCUUGUGAUCAUACUCUCAUUUAUGAAGUUAUUUUUCUUUUUGAGAAUUUACGAUGGUUUCAGUUUUCUCGUAUAAAUGCUUGCUGGAGUAUUUAAGGACCUGAAAUAUUUCUUAAGUUUUUUCCUUAUUUUUAUCUUACAGUUUGGAAUGAUUUUCCUAGUCUUAUUCAAAGCUUAAUAAAUUGAUGAAUACAAUGGUGUUAAUAAACUAGCCUAUUUCUUAAUGGCUUUCAGAAUAUCAUCAGGAGACUUUCAGCUUGAUGAAUACCACACUCAAGGAGAUGUAUUAGUUAUUUUUUCAUGGAUAAUCUGGUUAGUAGCUGUAAUGUUAUUGAAUAUCGUGUUUAUGAACUUCAUAAUUGCUGUGAUUUCAGAAUCAUACGAGAGAGUCAUGCAAAAACUUGUCUCCGAAUCCUACAAGGUUAAGGCUAAUAUGAUAGUCGAAAGAGAAUAACUAUUCGAUAAAACUGAUCUUGCUAGGGAAGAUUAUUUCCCUAACUUUAUUGUUGUUAGAAGACAAAUCAACAAUGAAUCUAGUCAAUCUGGGGAAUGGCAAGGAUUUAUCAAAGAUCUCAAGUAUACCAUAAGAACUAGCAACGCUAAAUCAAAAGGAGAAAUUAUUCAAAACUUAAACUCAAUUCAAUCCUUAAAUAAAACAAAUAACAGUCAUCUAGAGAAGAUUGAUGAAUUACUGUAGAAAAGUUAAAACAAUCAAAGCAAUCAGAACAUUAAUGAGAUAAUUGAGAAAAAGUUAUCUAAUUUUGAGAUUUCACUUUCUUCAUCUUUAGAGAAUAGUAAAAACGAUAUCAAGGUAUUGAAAUAAAAUACUGAUGAUUAAGCUUAAAAACUUGAUUAGAACAUCUAAAGUAUUAAUAAAUAAGUCAAAGGGCUUGAUCAGCAAGUAAAAGGCCUUGAUUAACAAGUUAAAGGUGUUAAUGAACAAGUUAAGGGGCUUGACUCUAAGGUUCUUGGGCUUAAGGAUGAUAUGGAAUUCAUCAAAAGUUCUCUUACCUAAUUACUUCAAAAGAAUAAUCAAGAAUGA